AUGGGCUUCAGCAGGUCCUUGGCGACCAGGGAGCCACCCCCGCAGGCCAGCGGCGACGACAUCGAGCCGCCGCAAGAGAAGGAUACCCAGGGAAGUUCUGUCUUGCCUACUCACGAAAGAAAAACUCACCCCCAUCGCUAUGUGCUAGGCCUCUUCCGGGUCCAUAGUGCCGGCGAGAGCGGCCGCACGGGGAUUCAUCCGCUUCACUUCUUUCGCGUGUGCUUCAAGAGCGUCUGUACAGCUUCAAUGAUGGUGAAUAUUUUGUGGCCUUUUGUGCCGGCUGCGAUCGUGAUGCACUUUGCUCGGCCUGACCUUCACGUCUGGGUCUUCACGCUCAACUACAUCGCCAUGGUACCAUCUGCCAAUUUGCUCGGUUUCGCCGGUGGAGAGCUGGCUAAAAAGCUGCCCAAGGUGUUCGGUGUUUUACUGGAAACAACUCUAAGUGCCGUGGUGGAAAUCGUGCUCUUCAUGGUUCUGCUCCACAAUUCCGGCGAACAGGACCUGAUCCCCGUCAUCCAGGCCGCCAUUCUCGGCUCGAUCCUGGCCAAUCUGCUUCUCUGCCUGGGUACUUGUUUCUUUGUCGGAGGCCUCAGGCGUGACGAGCAAGUAUUUCACGAGGCAGUCAGUGAGGUUGGAACGGGACUACUGCUGGUCGCAGGUUUUGGGUUGUUGAUUCCAAGCGCUUUCUACACCGCGCUGAAAGGCGCCCUCAACCCGAAGUUCACCCUGGAGGAAUUGGAACGAUCAGCCUUGACAAUCAGCCGCGCAACCGCUGUGAUCCUCCUAGUCGCAUUCAUCGCAUACCUCAUUUUCAACCUGCACAGUCACAACUCGAUUUUCGAUGAGAUCCUUGCAUCGGACGAGGCACAAGAUGAGGACCGAGAUCAGGAGCUCCAGAGGGCCAAGCUCACGUUCCUUGAAUGUAUCAUGGCCAUUGUGAUCUCCUUGACUUGUGUCUGCAUGUCGGCCGUCUUCCUCGUGCAGGAGAUCGAGCACAUUGUGGCCCUCGGCGUUUCCGACAACUUCAUGGGAUUGAUCCUGGUUCCUCUGGUCGAGAAGGCUGCUGAGCACCUUACGGCUGUGGAUGAAGCUUGGGACAACCAAAUCAACUUCGCCCUCUUCCAUUGCCUGGGUCCAUCUAUCCAAACGGCUCUCCUGAACGCUCCGCUCGCCGUCAUUGUGGGCUGGGGUUUGGACAAGGACAUGAGUCUCAACUUCGAGAUUUUCAUGGUUGUUCUACUGGUGCUCUCUAUUCUGGUCGUCGGCAACUUCUUGCGAGAUGGCAAGUCCAACUACCUGGAGGGGACUCUGUGUGUGCUCGUCUAUGUUAUCAUCGCCGUCACGUCCUGGUAUUAUCCCGGAGUGGAGGAUGCUUCGACCAACCAAGCCUAA